AUUUGAGCGUUUUUGGAUAUAAGAAAAAAGACUCGUCAUUUCUCCAAUCGAUCCGAUCCGUUGAAUUUCUCCGACAAAAUCAUCAGUGCUGAUUUGGGAAGAUUCUUUUCGGAAUUCGAUCAUUCAGAGAUCUCUUGAGCUCUCAAAGGAAGAUCUCUGAUUUCUUUUCUUUUCUUUCUCUGUCGUCCGAUCUUUUAUUUUCGAAGAUUGAUUGGAAUUUGAUGAAGAAGACUGGGGAACCGAAGAUGGAAUGGCAGAUCAUUCCGAGCGUGAGGUCGAGCAAGGACUCAUUGCUUUGAAGAAGGGUACUCAGUUAAUCAAGUAUAGUCGAAAAGGGAAGCCUAGGUUUUGUCCGUUCAGAAUUUCUCUUGAUGAAACGACACUGAUUUGGUAUUCGCACGGAGGGGAAAGGACUUUGAAGUUGUCUUCGGUCUCACGUAUUAUCCCGGGACAGAGAACUGCUGUUUUUAAGAGAUAUUUAUGCCCUGAAAAGGACUAUUUGUCAUUUUCUCUUCUCUAUAAUAAUGGUGAACGAUCUCUUGAUCUGAUUUGCAAAGACAAAGCUGAGGCAGAGGUCUGGAUUGCAAGUCUUAAGGCAUUGAUUUCUACUGGCCGACAUAGAUGUUCUAAGACUCAUGGUCAUUUUGACGUGAGCUACCUAACUUACGAACCAUUUGAUGGCAGGAACUUCAUUCAAGAUGGUCAUCCUUCCAGCGUAAAAGUAGAGGUUCCUUUAAGUAUAGCUCGUAGUCCUAACGCGAAUUCCUUCGUUGAUUGUUUUUCUCGGGAACCUACUCUGAAUUUGGUGAGUUCAGAUGUGGGGUCGGACCGUGCAAAUAUGCAACCAAGAGCAAGUAACGCAGGAGAUGGCCGUCUUAGUGUUUCAAGUGCUGCCCCUAGCUAUUCUAGUCAAGGAUCUGGACCUGAUGACUGUGAAUCUUUAGGUGAUGUUUAUGUCUGGGGAGAGGUUUGGUGUGAUGCGAGUUUAGCUGAUGGAAUUGGAAAUCCUAUCUGUUCAAAAACUGAUGUGCUACUUCCUAAGCCCUUAGAAUCAAACGUGGUUUUGGAUGUUCAUCAGAUUGCUUGCGGUGUUAGGCAUGCUGCUCUAGUGACAAGGCAAGGUGAGGUAUUUACUUGGGGUGAUGAGUCUGGAGGACGUCUUGGCCAUGGAAUAGAAACGGAUCGUGUCCGACCCCAACUUGUGGAGACUUUGGCAGUCAGUAACAUGGACUAUGUUGCAUGUGGUGAGUAUCACACAUGUGCUGUAUCGGUGGCCGGUGACCUAUUUUCUUGGGGAGAUGGUACCUAUAAUGCUGGACUUCUCGGUCAUGGAACCAGUGUCAGCCACUGGAUACCUAAAAGAUUAUGUGGUCCUUUAGAAGGAUUUCAAGUGCUGUCUGUUGCAUGUGGUACAUGGCAUUCGGCCUUAGCAACUUCGAACGGAAAAUUGUUUACAUUCGGCGAUGGGACGUUUGGUGUUUUGGGCCAUGGUGAUCGAGAAAGCUGUUGGUACCCGAGAGAAGUUCAAUCCUUGAGCGGACUAAAGACCAUUAAGGUUGCCUGUGGAGUAUGGCAUACAGCCGCAAUUGUAGAGGUUAUAGGACAGAACGGCGGAAACAUUGGAUCUAGAAAAUUGUUCACAUGGGGUGAUGGUGAUAAAAACCGUUUGGGUCAUGGGGACAAGAAAGCACAGUUGGUUCCCACUUGCGUCUCGUCACUUAUUGACUACAACUUCCACCAGCUGGCCUGUGGACAUAGUAUUACUGUUGCCCUCACUACAUCAGGGCAUGUUUUUACAAUUGGAAGUAACAUUUAUGGCCAGCUGGGCAAUCCAAAUUCUGAUGGUAAGGUACCUUGCUUAGUACAAGAUAGAUUGAUGGGUGAAUUGGUCGACGAAAUCUCCUGUGGUGCAUGCCACGUUGCCGCCCUAACAUCAAGAAACGAAGUAUUCACAUGGGGGCAUGGUGCCAAUGGAAGACUGGGACAUGGGGACAUCGAAGAUCGGAAAACGCCUACACUUGUUGAAGCUUUAAAAGACAGGCACGUUAAAAGCAUAUCUUGCGGCUCGAAUUUCACUGCUAUUAUAUGCAUUCACAAGUGGGUUUCUGGCGCAGACCAAUCACUCUGCUCAGGGUGUCGUCAGGCAUUUGGAUUUACUCGGAAAAGGCACAAUUGCUAUAAUUGUGGACUUGUUCACUGCCAUGCUUGCAGUUCCAGAAAGGUUCUUAAAGCUGCAUUGGCUCCUACUCCGGGCAAACCACACCGUGUAUGUGAUGCUUGCUUUGCAAAGCUUAAAGCAUCGGAAGUUGGUGCUUCAUCGGCUGUCAAUAGCAAGAUUGUAGCCCCCCGCCGCUAUAUUGACACCAGGGAGAGGUUGGAAAGGGGAGAAAUAAGGUUGUCGAGGAUUUUGUUAUCUCCUAACACAGAACCUGUACAGUAUCUUGAAGUGAAAUCGAUCAAGCAGGGGCCUAAAACUGACUCGCUUUCCCUAUUACGAGUGCCCCAAGUUCCAUCGCUGUUACAGCUAAAAGAUAUUGCUUUUCCAAGUUCCUUGAGUGUACUUCAAAAUGCUUUGAAACCAAUCGUUACAUCAGUGACGCAACCAGCAGUCAGUUCGAGUUCUGCAUCACCUUACUCUAGGAGGCCAAGCCCUCCUCACUCUGUAACUCCUGUAUAUUCUAAAAGCAUCAUUGACAGCCUCAAGAAGACAAACGAACUUCUAAACCAAGAGGUCCUGAAGUUGCAUGCCCAAGUUAAAAAUCUGAGACACAAGUGUGAAUUUCAAGAUGUCGAGCUGCAGAAAGUGGAAAAGAAAGCUAAAGUAGCUGCUUCAUUUGUGGCUGAGGAGUCGUCUAGGCAUUCUGUUGUGAAAGAAAUUCUCAAGUCUCUAGCGGGCCAGCUGGGUGAGAUGACAGAGAAAAUACCCCCAGAGGUUUAUGACAUUCACAACUUAAGUGCCACACAUACCCAGUUAGAAGAUUUACUGAAGAGCAGUGAGAGCCGGACAUUGGAAAGCUCUUCCUUGGCAGCUGAUUGUUCAUUAGAUAAAUCUCUCUUGAUCAAUGAUAGGACAGAUCAUUGUAGUGAUGGUGGAGGGAUUACAGACUUACCACAGAAUGCCGAUGAAGACAGAUCGAGUGUUUCUGAUGCCAAGGAGGAUAUGCCUAACCAGAAGAUGGAGAAUGACUCGAGAUCGCCUAGAGUGUCAACGGUGAGCUGUGGUAAUGAAGGAGAAGUUCAAGUGAUUGAGCAAUUCGAGCCAGGUGUCUAUGUAACUCUCAUUCAACGUCGAAACGGGACCAGAGCUUUCAAACGAGUCAAAUUCAGCAAGAGAAAGUUUGCAGAGAAGAAGGCAGAAGACUGGUGGAAGGAAAACAAAGAGAGGGUGUAUAAGAAGUACAAUUACAGGGGGGCAGACACUGGUGAGACUGGAUCAUCAAUGACUGUGGGGCCCACCGAGGAAGAUGAUGCUGCUGCGGCACCUUAGCUUCCUAAACUGGAUUAUAAAAUCACCAGCAGAGCGAAUUUUGACACAGGCAUUAACAGUCUUGAUUUGUGCGACAGUUUUAGCGGGCCCACAAUUUUGCCAUUUGCAUGAAUGCCGAAAGUGUAGAUUUAAGAAGCAGCUUUGUCUAAUUUUUGGAAGGAUGGUGUGGAUGGCAUCCUUUGUAACCAAUAAAGAGAACCUGAAUUUUAUAGUGAGAGGGAGAGGUGGAGUGCCGAACAAAAUCAUUUGAUCAUUGAUGUAUUUUUUCAUUCUUUUAUUUGUUUUGUACCAGUCUUUUCUUCUUCUUCUUAAUUGAAAUGUGCUUUGUUACUGUUAUGUACUGGACACUAGAUGGUCUUUUCCAGCACAACUUCUACGCAUUGUAAAGCUAUUCUCUUGACCUUGAAUUCUUUGUAACUGAGAAAAGUCAUUGAAUCA